CACACCCCACCCUGAUUCCAAGUUAAACUAAUCACACCUAAAAUUGGGGCGACAAAUUAGGGUUUCAUAAAAUCCCCAAAUCCUUUCAAAUUCAUCCUUCGAUCGAUUCAAAUUCUUCCAAUAUCACAUUGAAAUCGAUUAUCAUUCGCAAAAUCAACCGUCACAUCCUUUCAAUUUCAUAAAUUCACCGUGCAAUCUAUUCAAAUACAUCUCCAAUCGUUCAAAUUCAUCACAAAUCGACUCAAAUUCAUCUCAAAUCGCUUCAAAUUCAUCUCAAAUCGUUCAAAUUUCACAAAUCCAUGGGACUGAAGAACUUAUUCCACCGGAAAAAGAAAUCCGGCACCGACAACAGCCACAACGGCGUCGUUUCACCGUCCGUCAACUCCGUCCAUUCCGUCAACAACUCUCGCAUCCAGAUCGAGACCGAACUACAACAAGUUUUCAAAAAAUUCGACGUUAACGGCGACGGAAAGAUCUCCUCCUCCGAACUCGGAUCAAUAAUGGGGAGUUUAGGUCACCGGCCGACGGACGACGAAUUGGAGAGCAUGAUCAACUCUGUGGACGCUGACGGUGACGGAUUCAUUGAUCUGCAGGAGUUUAUUGAGCUGAACACGAAGGAUGUUGAUUCGAAUGAGGUGUUGGAGAGUUUGAGAGAUGCUUUUUCGGUGUUUGAUACUGAUAAGAAUGGUCUGAUCUCUGCGGAGGAGUUGCAGAAUGUGUUAGGGCGGUUGGAGGAGGAGUGUUCGAUCGGAGAUUGCCGGAAAAUGAUCGCCGGAGUUGAUGUGAAUGGUGAUGGGAUGAUUAGUUUUGAUGAGUUUAGGGUUAUGAUGAUGAGUGGCGUGAGGUUUAAUGGGGUCAAGAAUAGUUGAUUUCAUUUUUGGUGAAAUUGUUUAUCGGUUAAGUUUUUAGUGUUUUGAAAGUUGAAAGUUAAAAGUUGAGAAAGUUGAAAUAUGAACUUUAAAAAAGAAAA